CGACUAGCGCUGUAGACAACCAAAACAGAUCAACGAAAGAACUCAAAGAAAAGCUUCGUUCCUUCGUUGCCGCCGUCUCUCUCUCGUCUACAUCGACUAUAACGCAAUCUAAGGCAUUGUCCUUAGAUGUUGCGUUCUUUUUAAUCCACCAAAUCUUAUUUUGUACAUAUUCAGGUGGAUUGCUGUCGACAGCGAAUUGUCUAACAGAAGAUGGGUAGCAAGUCCAGUACUCCAGCUUCACCAGUGAGUGACGACUCAUCUCCAACCAGACAAAUCUAUUCACGAGCUGAAAGGGUGUCUGACUAUGAGCAAUCUGCCAGGCAAGCUAGGCAAGAGAGAAGUUUCAUGGAGAGAGCUGAAAGCUCAAUCCAAAACUUCAUAUACUCUACCAACACUUCGAGUGUCGACAUACAACGAUCCAGUCACACCAAUGGACAACACACUGCCGCUACACAUGACAGGCUGGGCUCCUCACUUGAAACACCAGCACAUCAACCAGUCAGACCCAGUUCUAUACCAACUGGCACUAGUAGCAGAAGUUACAGCAUCGGUAGCAGUGGUGCCGGUGUGGCAGUAGGGCAGCAGAGUGACAGCACUAGCAGCAGCAUCAGCAGCAAUACCGGUUUGGGACACUUUCUUAGCAAUUUCAAUUUGUGGAGAGCAUCUGGACCCAGUUCUUCUGACCGUCAGAGAGCCCAAUCUCUCUCCCACAUGCCUGAUCCAGCUCUACUUAACCAGUCAUCCACCACAAAUCAGGGUGGUGAUCCUCCUAGUCGCUCUCAUUAUGAAACGGAAGAACCUUCGUCCUUAUCGAAUCCUAGAGCGGCCCUGACAAGACUUCUCACUUCCAGAGAAAGCCGUUCAACCAGCAGCUCCGCCAACAAUCCUUCAUCUGCCACUAUUGCUGAAAGCAGCAGUGGUCAUCAUCAGCGACGGGACAAUUCGGGAGCCUUUUCGGUGCGAGAUUUGACCUUCGCCGCUGCCCAAGAGUUCCUAGCCGAAGCCACGCUUAACGGACUAGGAUUAGGUCGUGUCUACGUAACUCACUCACUACCCAGUCACAUGUGGGCAGUUAAUGGCAUCAAAUGCCCGGUCUGCUCCAAGUUUGUGAUGCCUGACGACAUCGAGUGUCAUCUCGUCAUGUGUCUGACCAAGCCCAGAUUGAAUUACAACGAGGACAUUCUGACUGACGAAAAAGGCGAGUGCGUCAUCUGCUUGGAGGACUUGCUCAAAGGUCACGUCAUAGCCCGUCUACCUUGCCUCUGCGUUUACCACAAAAGCUGCAUCGACCAGUGGUUUGACGUGAACAGAAGUUGUCCCGAGCAUCCAUCUGAUUGAACGUCUCGGCUUUGGAUUUUAAAAUCCCUUUUUUGAAUGAGGAAGCUUAAAAAAAAAAAAAAAAAUUACGUUGUCGACUAUGGAAUUAGCUUCUUUGGUUUAUCUCUUUUUUGGUGGCUGACUGUGAUUUCCCUUUCUAAAUGUACACGACGAAGAAGACAAAAAAAGAAUUGCACUGGAAUGCGCCACCGCUGAGCGCAAUAACCAAAUGUGAAUCUGUGAAUGUAUGUGAAUUAACGCAUGGAUGAUUUUUAAUGGCUAAUAUUUUUUUCCGGGGAUCAACACUUAACGUCGACCAGCCUUCCUUUUGUUCUCCGCGCUCUUACAAUUCUUACUUUAAUUUCUUUGACUCGUAAAAUCGAUUGGAAAUUUGCCAAAUUUGUAUUCCCCUAUUGUCAUGGGCAAUUUUGAAAGUCUGAAAGACGAACGUGCUAUGUCAUAGUUUUUAAAAAUGUCCCAUGCACCUUCCCCCCAAUUAGCUUUUUACAAUGACCUUCUCUUUACAUGUUAAGUAUGAGCGAGAGAACAAAAGGAAUAAUUUGAUUUAACGUACUUGUUUUGGAGUGCAAUAGAUCCUCCUUAAAACAUACUAAAAAUCCUUUUGCCAUCGCCGCCGAGUCCCUCGCAACUAUGGAACUCAAAAUCUAUAUAUAUAUAUAUAUGUAUAAUCACAUGAAAGAAUGAGACGUGAAAAAUACAACUAGUCUUUGCUAUCA